CUCGCUUCUAUUGUGCCUGCUGUAGAAGAAGAUCUACUUGCGACUCAAAAUGGCUUUGUCUGCUUCUCUGAGAGGCAGGAGUGUCUUAGCAGGUCUCCUCUCCUGCAGCAGUCAUGGAAGGUUGUGUGCGUCCUCCACCUCCAUCACUCAAAGAAACAACUCCAGCUCAGCCAAGCUCAUCGUGGAUCAUGACCAAACUACAGGCGUGGCCGUGAUGCACAUGCAGAGUCCUCCGGUCAACAGCCUCAGUCUAGACUUCCUCACAGAGAUCUGCAUCACUUUGGAGAAGCUGGAGAUGGACAAAGGCUGCCGAGGCCUCAUCAUCACCUCGAGCCAGCCCAAGGUGUUCUCCGCCGGCCUGGAUAUCCUGGAGAUGUACGGGAAGAGCCCGGAGCACUGCGGAGAGUUCUGGAAGGCCGUGCAGGAGAUGUGGCUGAAGCUUUACGGCUCCAACAUGGUCACCAUAGCAGCCAUCAACGGCUCCAGUCCUGCGGGCGGCUGUCUGAUGUCGAUAUCGUGCGACUACAGGAUCAUGGCGGACAACCCUCGUUACAGCAUCGGCCUGAACGAGACCAAGUUGGGCAUAGUGGCACCUUUUUGGUUUAAAGACACUAUGGUGAACACGGUGGGCCACCGGAACACAGAGAUGUCUCUGGAGCUAGGGCUGCUCUACAAGCCUGCUGAGGCCCUGAAAAUAGGACUGGUGGACCAGCUGGUGCCUGAAGACCAGGUCCUCUCUGCUGCCACUCAGACCAUGACCAACUGGUUGGCCAUUCCAGAACACGCCCGACAGAUCACCAAGUCCAUGAUGAGGAAACCAACGAUUGAAAAACUGCGUUCCAACAGAGAGGCAGACAUCCAAAACUUUGUCAGCUUCAUCACAAAAGAGUCCAUCCAGAAGUCGCUGCGCAUGUACAUGGAGAUGCUGAAACAGAAGAAGGCCUAGGGAUCACAGUCACACACACACACACACACGCACACACACACACAUCAGAGGAACUGAACGCAGAUCAUAGCUCAUCUUUGUGUGUUCCCAUGGGAACAACCCAAGAAUUAAAUACAGCAAAGCUCUGAAGGGUUCAUUUUAGGUAAAACACACCAGCAUUGGUUUUUGCUCUCAUUUUCUAUCAUCUUGCCUUAAAAAUAAAAUCAUAUUAAUACUCUGACGUUGAGCCUAAAUGGUAAAAAAAAUAAAAUACAGUGAGUGAACGAUGAUGGAGCCCUCUGCCAGUUUCUGAUACUUUGUGACAGACGAGCCUUUGACCUAUAAGUGCCUAUAAGAGCCCUAACAGAGGUCAAUGGUUAGCCAUUGAUUUUUGCACACUUUCUGUCAGUUUAACAAUGUGAAAUGUCUCAAAAAAGCUUUGGAUUUGUACAGUGAGUGGAUGAAAGUGUUUUAUUUACACAUCCAAAACUGCUGUAUGUAACUUUUAUAAACAAUGUUUUUUUUUGUUUUUUUUUACAUAUUUGUUAAAACAGCCAAUCAGAGCCAGGAGGAGGGUUUUAGCACUGCCAGUCAUGCUCAGCUAAAAUGUGCUAAUGACGGUGAAACUAACUGUUACAUUAAGACCGUUCAUCCACCCUCAUUGUAGCAUAGCAGAGAUCUGUGUUCAAAUAUUAAGUUUUUCCUUAUUUGUAAAAAUGACACCAACUACAACGUCACAGUGCUCCUCAUUUUAACAGAGUUCUCAUAAAGUUACACCUUUAUUCUCUUGUUAGAAUCAUGACAAAAUCUAUUGGUCUGGCCCUAUUUCUCCAAUGUACGCCAGCUGAAAAAGCCCAGGAAAGAGACGGAGCCUGUGUAACACUUGGGUUUACUGUGAAUAUAAAAUGUUAUGCACAUUUAAUCUCUUCUGACAAGCUGAAAUGUGUACAACAUUGUUGCAAAUUUUGCACAAGAAAUGGUACAAAAAAAAAAGCUCUUUUACCUUUUGAAAGAGAAUAAAUCAGAAGCUGAUCAGUAAGUAAAGGUUUUACUGUGAUUAGUCUAAAAAAAAAAAAAAAGAAGCACAUCCCUGUGAAACAUUGAGUAGUCUGGAUUAAAUGUUUCUAAUUGAGCUAAAAAAAAAGUGAAUUGGAAAUAGUUUUGAGAUUUAAAACAAGAGAAUUAUCAGGGAAAAAAUUAAAAUUUGAGUCAUUGUGGUUUAUUUUAUUAAUCUUUUAAUAAUCAGGUCAUGGAAAGUUGGUGGCGGUUUUAAUUCUUCUUAAAUAUGAUCAAAUUCUCAAUAGUAUUAGUAGUAUUAUUUGACAAGUAAUUCCUAUAGGUACCCUGUAGCUUGUAUUGCUAGUGGAUUAUACCUAACCGAUCCCAAAAUGUACAAGAUAAUUUCAGUUCUGAUUUCCCAUUACUGAGCAUUACUUUCCAGAACAGAAAACACAGGAAUACAGCAGUUUCUAUACAAUACAAGUUUCUAUUUUUUUUCUUUUCUUUUCUUUGUUUCAGAAACAGGAAAGUCUUGAGUUUGUGAAGAGUUAUUUUGAUUUAUUUAUAGUAUUUCAUGAAGUGAUUGGUGAGAUCGUCCUCGGUUGUGGGAGUCAUGAUUCAGGCAGAGAAGAGAGAAGUGGUCAGUUUCACCUCCACCGGGAAAUGGUCGCUGACGGCCAGCGCCUGGAGGAGAAAGAGACGGAGCAAACGUCAGUCUGGCCUCCACAUUAAAACACUCAACUCCAACCAUCCAAAUGCAGUGACUCUCACUGUAAAAUGCCAGGGUUUAGUCAUUUUGACACCAUGAUGAAUCAUUUCAUCAACUCAUUUUAAUGUGAUAUAAAUGUAUAUGUUGUCGCUAUGGUUUCUCAGUUCUCUUGGGGUUUUUUUUCUCUCUUUCUGCAGGUGUAGAAACAGACUUCUAGGUUGUCUGACUUGUAUUUUCUAGUGACUUAGAAAGAAAAUCCAGUUUUUCUAAUUACUCGUUCGUACAGUGACAGCCUCGUGUUCCUUUGUUACCAUUUGGCAAACAAUACGGCAUUUAGUCUUUGCAGAAUAAAAGCCACAUUUGUGGAAAGAUUUUAUAAUUUAUCAUGGUGUCAUUGUUUUACAUCGCAAAAACCUGGCAUUUGACAAAAGUGUGGAGACUUUUCAGAGGUACUACAUGAUGGCACUGGGUACAGCUUGACAACUGCAUCUAGAGUUUGCUUUAUAGUUACUUCUUUAUGAAAGUUAUAAACUAAACUACAGUUAUUUAGCUAUUAGAUCAGAAUGUGAUGUGUAGAGUUAUAGGGCUGAUGGAAAACUUUCAUCUGUUCACAUCAAACCCCACUGGUCACUAUGACACUGACCAGCCCAAAACCUAAGGCCAAGAAAAUCAAUGCAUUAUUAAAGUGGACUGGCUUUUACCAGGUCCUGACUGAGCCUCAGGUCGGCCAUGAAGUCAUAAACCUGAGCGCUGCUGUGCACCACUCCCUUCAACAUGUCUGCUGUGACCACGAUUCUGCAAGAAACAGAAGGAUGAAUGGGAAGAUAGUGGAGUCUAUGUAUGUGUGUGUGUAGUCUGAGUGUGGACGUACCUGUCAUAAGGGCAGUUGGUGUGAGAGACGGUGGUGUCAGCCGUAUUGGGGAUCAACCAGUGGAAGCUCUUGUCUGUGAACAGGCGGAUCUGUUCCCAGUCGGAGCCACUCACAUAGGUACAGCCUGCGUUGAAGUCCCCCAGCAGCACAAUGUUCUGCACGGAGAGGGCGAAGGGUUAACGUCGCUUAGUGAUUUUAAGCAUUCGGACCACAUGCUUUUACUUUCAGUUUAUUCACAUUGGUGUUCCAACGGGUGCGGACGUCAGUCACCACAUCGUACAGGGCAUCCGUCUCCGCCACAGCCAAGUCCGGAGAGGUAUGCUGGGGGAUCAGAGUGAAGCUGGGCAGGGCUGCAAAACAAUCAGAGCAGCUGUUAAAGGCCUGAGCGUGGUCAGCAAUAAUCAGACGGGCUGUCGAGAGGCACAUAGCAACUCUGGACGAUCCACUACAGAGUAAUAUUGACUAGUAGUUGAGCACUCUACUCUGAGCACUACCCAAAUCUAUCCUUUAUGACAGACCAGUGUGGACUGUGUGUUACAGUUGGUCAUAAGUGUGUUAAUCACAGGUAAUAAAGUUGGUCAUGAAAUUUA